CUGGGCCCCUGCGGACCCAGACCGCCACCCCCGCACGCCGCCCCCGCAGCGCCCUGGAGUUUCUGCAUGACUGUCACAAAGAUGUCCUGGCGUCCGCAAUACCACAGCUCCAAGUUCCGGAAUGUCUAUGGGAAGGUGGCCAACCGGGAGCACUGCUUCGAUGGGAUUCCCAUCACCAAGAAUGUGCAUGAUAACCACUUCUGCGCCGUCAAUGCCCGCUUCCUGGCCAUUGUCACUGAGAGUGCGGGCGGCGGCUCCUUCCUCGUCAUUCCCCUGGAGCAGACGGGCAGGAUUGAGCCCAACUACCCCAAGGUCUGCGGUCACCAGGGCAAUGUGCUGGACAUCAAGUGGAACCCCUUCAUUGACAACAUCAUUGCCUCCUGCUCAGAAGACACCUCGGUACGGAUCUGGGAGAUCCCCGAAGGCGGGCUGAAGCGGAACAUGACAGAGGCGCUCCUGCAGCUGCACGGGCACAGCCGGCGCGUGGGGCUGGUCGAGUGGCACCCCACCACCAACAACAUCCUUUUCAGCGCCGGCUAUGACUACAAGGUCCUCAUCUGGAACCUGGACGUGGGUGAGCCGGUGAAAAUGAUCGACUGCCACACGGACGUCAUCCUGUGCAUGUCCUUCAACACAGACGGCAGUCUGCUCACCACCACAUGCAAGGACAAGAAGCUGCGCGUCAUCGAGCCCCGCUCCGGCCGCGUUCUGCAGGAGGCGAACUGCAAAAACCACAGAGUCAACCGGGUGGUCUUCUUGGGGAACAUGAAGCGGCUUCUCACGACUGGGGUUUCCAGGUGGAACACAAGACAGAUCGCUCUCUGGGACCAGGAGGACCUGUCCAUGCCCCUGACCGAGGAGGAAAUCGAUGGGCUCUCUGGCCUCCUGUUCCCCUUCUACGAUGCCGACACGCACAUGCUGUACCUGGCUGGAAAGGGGGAUGGAAACAUCCGGUACUACGAAAUCAGCACGGAGAAGCCCUACUUGAGUUACCUCAUGGAGUUCCGCUCCCCAGCCCCACAGAAAGGCCUAGGGGUCAUGCCCAAGCAUGGGCUGGACGUGUCGGCCUGUGAGGUGUUCCGUUUCUACAAGCUGGUGACUCUCAAGGGCCUGAUCGAGCCCAUCUCCAUGAUCGUGCCCCGGAGGUCGGAUUCCUACCAGGAAGACAUUUACCCCAUGACACCGGGAACGGAGCCAGCUCUGACCCCCGAUGAAUGGCUGGGAGGCAUCAACAGAGAUCCUGUGCUGAUGUCUUUGAAAGAAGGCUAUAAGAAGUCCUCCAAAAUGGUAUUUAAGGCUCCCAUCAAAGAAAAGAAGACUGUUGUAGUCAAUGGAAUAGAUUUAUUAGAAAACGUCCCACCCAGGACAGAGAACGAGCUCCUCCGAAUGUUCUUCCGGCAGCAGGAUGAGAUUCGGCGGUUGAAAGAGGAGCUGGCCCAGAAGGACAUCCGCAUCCGGCAGCUACAGCUGGAACUGAAAAACUUGCUCAACAGCCCCAAGAGCCAUUAGCUCCCUGGUUGGGCUGUUUUCUAAGCCGAUCUCUCCAUUGUUUCUACUCGUCCUGUAACUUCCCCUUAUCCAGUGACCCCAGAGACGGAACCAGGACUGGAGCCAGGUGGGGGGCAGGCCUGAGGACCCCACCUAUCACCUCAAGAAGGGGAAGCCAACAUUUGACCUCUUGACCUCAUGCUAAUGAAAGUUCCCAGCCUCUCCUGGAGACCCACCGCUGGCAGCCCCUUUGCCUGACACCCCAGGAGCCUGGACUUCCCUCAGCUGGGCGAAGACCAUGGACUCCCUGAGGGGCUUCCCUCACUGAACCAGGGAUCCCAGCUAGACUAGGACUUGAACUUUUCCCCUGCAAGGGAGCCUGCCUGGACAUUCCCAGCACUCCCCACUGGAACAUCGCUGAUGGUACCACAAAGGGUGGGCUGUAUUUGGAGGUCAGCUGAAGUUCUCCUCCCCCCUCCCCCCACCACCUCUCUUUCAUCCCUCGGCAACCCUGGAAGCCUGAUUCGCCUGACCAGGGUUGCCAGCUCCCUUCUGUCUCUGGCCCCACCUCUCUUGUCUUCAGGGAAUUAAGAAGAUUGUUCACCGAGGCCAUAAUGACCCCUUGCCUUCCCAUGAUUCUCUUCAAUGCUCCUGCGUACCCUUUUCCCAUUUUAUUUUUGAGGCAAGCAGGGUAGGGAUUAGUGUCCCCAUUUUACAGAUGACCGAACUGAAGGUUUAAAUGGGGAGAUAACUUACAAGGUCACCCAGCAGGUCAACAGUGGGCCCAGGACCAGGACCCUGGGUGUCCAGACCUGGGGAUAGGGCCUGUCCUACUGUAUCAAGAUGCCAAUCCCCUGUGGGCUUUGCCAGUAUCCACAUCUUAGUGGAGAAUGAGAACUAGAAGCCAAUUCUGCCAUCUGUCCAACACCAGUAGUGCCAAUGUGCCACGCUACCCACUUGAGGCCCCUCACACUCAGUGCCCCGAGGCCCUUCUGGCUUCCACCGUCUGCUCUCCCCGUCCCUGGGACUCCAUCUGAUAUGAGGCCUCUUCCUCCUGCAAGCCGAGGCUGAGAAGGGUGGAGGUUGGCCCUGGGGAAGGCAGAGCAGGGUCUGAUCUCUUCAAGGGUCCUCUGUGUGUCUCUCCACCACCUCAGCCAUCCCAGCCUUCCACACAAGAGUGACCACAGCCCCUCACUUCGCUAGAGCACUUUAAAGUUUACGUGGUUCUUCAACACAUAGGAUCUCAUUCAGCCUCCCAGCCACUGUAGGAGGUAGGGCGCAUUCUUCUGAUUUUACAGAUGAGGAAGCUGAAAGAAGUAGACCCGGGUCACGCACCUCUUGGAGACAUCACAUUUCAUUUGGUCUACUACACAUUUCUUUUUUUCUCACUACCCACACAAAGUCCACAAACACCAUUCUUCUCCGAAAAGUUGGAGUUUGGGGGUGGGAUCUGGCCUGGGGAUCUAAAAUGGGUGUCCACUCUUCUCUCAUUAGCUAGGAGCUGUUAGGCACAUUGUAUUGCACACUCCUGCUUUUCCUGUGGCCACCCUGCCAGACAUCCUGGCCACCAAGGCCAGGGGUGCCCAAGCCCCUCCGGGCUGACUGGGCAGGGGAAAGCCUCCUCACCCCUUGGGCUUUUCCUCUCAGAACCUUCCACACCCCCAGCCAGCUAAAGCAGGGUUUCCUCACCCCCACCCCAGCAGCUAGUCGGUGUUAGUCCUCAUCUCUUCCUCCCCAUACUUCUUGGGCUUUUUUUUUCUUCCCCAUUGACCUUUGUGGUCUUCUGUGAUUAUUUAUGCUGCCUUCAAGGAUAGAAUUGAAAUAAAAUGUUUUCAACUUAUCAAACCUGGGCAUGGCCAUCUCAUUUAGCUCUGGUAGCUCCUGAUCUUGAUCAGCAUGGUCUCUUGAUGGUCAACUCCUCAGCCACUGCUCUGUUGUCUUUCUGGAAUGACAGCCCACAUCUGUCUACAGAAGUAACGUUACACUUUUAUUCAUCUACAGAAAGGUUUCUCACUUCGGCACUACUGACAUUUGGGGCCAGAGAAUUCUUUGUUGCAUUAGCUGUCCUGGGCAUUGUAGAAUGUUUAGCAGCAUCCCUGGCCUCCACCCACCAGAUACCUAUAGCAUCCCCUCCCCCAGUUUU